GACGCUUUAAACGCUGGAUCUCCACUUAACAAACUGAAGAGGAGUGGAGUUUUGCUCUUCAGCUGACGGAAGAGUGUUCGAUCGGGACGCUGCCCGUUGACCUUCUUCCGGUGGGAGAUUGCCGGGGGUUCACCCUGGUGUGAUGGCUGCUACCGCCGCGCCGCACAAGCCGAGCGUCAGUGACAUUUUCAACGACAUGAGUUACGGACCGGCCCGUGAGAAUCCCUGCAACGUGCAGGCUUGGCUGGACUAUCACAAGCAGUGCUUUGGUCAUUACAUUGGAGGCAAGUGGGUGAAGCCUGAAAACAGGCAAUUCUACGUUGCCAAAAAUCCAGCUACUGGCGAAACUCUGGCCUCCAGCAUACAGGGUGAGGAAGCAGAUGUGGAACUAGCAGUGCAGACAGCGAAGCAAGCUUUUGAGGUUUGGAGUAAGCUUCCUUGUCACGUGAGAGCAAGGCAUCUGUACAGCAUUGCGAGAAAUGUUCAGAAGCACCAGAGGCUGCUGAGCGUGUUGGAGAGCUUGGACAAUGGGAAACCAAUCCGUGAGUCUCGGGACUGUGAUGUUCCACUGGUGGUCCGACACUUCUAUCACCAUGCCGGCUGGGCACAGCUAAUGGAUGUUGAAAUGAAGAACUGGAAGCCAGUAGGGGUUGUUGCUGCAAUUGUUCCUUGGAAUUUCCCUUUAAUGUCGCUGACUUGGAAAAUUUGUCCAGCUCUGGCUAUGGGUAACACUGUGGUAUUGAAGCCAGCCACCUACACACGUCUCACCGCCCUGCUGUUUGCAGAGAUCUGCACAGAGGCUGGUCUUCCUCCUGGUGUCCUCAAUGUGGUGACGGGCAAUGGAUCAUUUGGCAGCAAGCUGGCAACACACCAGGACGUGGACAAGGUUGCCUUCACUGGCUCCACUGAGGUGGGACGGCUUCUCCGCCGAGCUACAGCCGGCACGGGAAAGAAGCUGUCACUGGAACUUAGCGGGAAAUCCCCCUUCAUCGUGUUCGACACCGCUGAUCUGGAUAGUGUGGUCGAAGGCCUGGUAGAUGCUAUCUGGUUCAACCAAGGACAGGUGUGCAGUGCUGGCUCCAGGCUCCUGAUGCAGGAGUCGAUUGCUCAGGAGCUCACUAACCGGCUGACGCAGCGCAUGCGGUGUCUUCGUGUGGGUGAUAGCCUGGAUAAGGGCGUUGACAUGGGCGCACUGGUAGACGAGUCUCAGAUGAAGACAAUUACAGAGUAUGUGGAGGAGGCAAGGAAUGAAGGAGCAGAGGUGUUUCAGGUGUCUGAGGGAAUGCCACAGAAAGGUUUCUUCUACCCGCCCACCCUCAUCACCAAUGUCAAUACUGUUUCUCGUGUGGUUCGUGAAGAGAUAUUUGGACCAGUUCUGGUAGCCAUGACUUUCCGCACUGCAAAGGAGGCUAUUGCUCUGGCAAACAACUCCUCAUACGGACUUGCAGGCAGCAUCUGGACUGAAAACCUGCCCUUGGCACUGGAGGUAGCGAUGAGUUUGAAGGCUGGAGCAGUCUGGGUGAACGGGCACAACAUGUUUGAUGCUGCAGCUGGUUUUGGUGGUUAUAAAGAGAGCGGCUUUGGACGAGACGGUGGGAAAGAGGGCUUGUAUGAAUACGUGCGGCCUGCUUGGGAGGAACGUCCCAACCCAAAGCCAGUAGAAGUCAAGUACAAAACAUUUGCAUCUGUGCACGGAGCAGAUCUUCCACCGAUCCCAGGGCAGGUGACACAGCCCAUGUUACUCCAGACCGAUGCUAUUCCAAGUGUUGACCGUACGUAUAAAGUGUACUAUGGAGGUGCUCAGAAGAGGCCUAUUGGCAUGUACUCACGGCCCAUUUUUGACCAGAAGGGUAGGGUGGUGGCUUAUGUUGGUGACUGCUCUAAGAAGGAUGUUCGAAAUGCAGUGGAGGCAGCUCAUGCAGCAGCUCCAGGCUGGGGGAAGCGAGCUGCCCACAACCGGGCUCAGAUCAUUUACUAUUUGGCUGAGAACCUGGAGUUGCGUCGGGACGAGGUGUCUCAAGGACUGAGUUCUCUGACUGGCGUCGGUAUCGAGGAAGCUGGAUGCGAAGUAGAUGCCUGUAUUGAGAGACUAUUCUAUUGGGCCGCCUAUUGUGACAAGUACGGGGGUACUGUCCAGGAAACGCAGCUUUAUGGAGCGACAGUCAUGAUUCGAGAGUCCGUUGGGGUGAUAGGCAUUGCAUGCCCAGAUAAGAACCCUCUGCUCAGCUUUGUCAGUCUCUUUGCCCCGGCAAUCGUUCGAGGGAAUGUGGUUGUCAUUGUUCCCAGUGAGAGGUAUCCUCUGCCAGCUUUGGAACUCUAUCAGGUCUUUGAAACUUCCGAUCUUCCAGCUGGUGUUGUGAACAUUCUGACUGGAUCACGAGAUCAUCUGACCAAAUUCCUGGUUGAGCAUCAGGAUGUCCAAGCCAUGUGGUACUUUGGAUCUGCAAAGGGGUCAAAGUUUGUUGAAUGGUCGUCGGCAGAAAACCUGAAGCAGACUUGGGUGAACUACGGGGUCCAACGUGACUGGUGCAGUUCCCAACAGGGGACAGGGGAAGAGUUCCUCUAUCAUGCCACGCAGUGCAAGAACAUCUGGAUCCCAAUGGGGGAAGUCUUUGCCAACUAGAGCCCGUUUAUCUACAGCUUACAGAUCGUCAGCCCAAACCUGUCCAAGGCUUAACUGUCACUUCACGUGCUUAUCGAUGAAUGAUUUUAAACACUUGAGCUAAUUAUAUCUACCCUCCAAUUUGUAAUGUGAAUGCUUCAUUUAGACAAUGUACACAGAUCUGGCCUGGACUUGGACACGCACAGUGUUUCAUGCCAAGAAAACAGUACAAGUGCCCUACUAACAGCUGUUGGUCAAAGCAAGAGCAAGAUUUUAUUUUAUCUUUAGAAUACCACAAACUAAGUUUCAGCAGUGUGCCACAAUGUAAAUGGUUUAUCGGUUUGGAAUGUCUUGAUCUGACUUUGAAGGCUGGACUGUUUCUAUCUUAGUUCUUUGUGCAACUCACUGGGAUUCUGUAAAGAACUGAAUGCUUAAGCACGCCUGCUAGGCUUUUGCCCUCUUUUGCAUUCUACCUCCUCAGUAUCCCAUCCCUAACUGUAAACAAAGUUGGUUCCUUCACCUGUCAAUUCACACAUUUGUCGAGCACCUGUUUCAAUUUCCCAAUAACCAGAGACAGGUAAGCUAGAGAGUGGGGUGAAUAUUGUCAUGGGGUGAACCUAUUCUCCCAAUAUUACCUUCCUCAUGUGGAAGCCUUCCUGUUAUUCAUGUUUCAAUGGCCAUUACGGAAUAAAAACCUUUUCACGCUAACAAAAUUAAGUUCAAGUUCAGGAUUAUUGUCACAGUAGGGAGACGUCGUGAGUGAGUGGCCAAAGAAAUCUAUUAAUUGAACUUACCUUUUGAACUUAGUUCUUUAUGGGGCUUUGCAGUCAAUGCAAAAGUGAGGCCCCUGUUCAGAAGCCUUUCCUGGGUUUCCUUGGUGAUAAACAUGCGGGGGAGGUUCACCAUGGUUUCUCCCAGUCGUUGACCUUGACUCUCUUGGUGUUGUCUCCACUCUAGUUUAAAGACUGCAUCCCCACCUGAUUAUAAUAAAGCAAACAGUCAUAUAAAUAUGUGAAACAGCAGCAAUAAAAGAUGAAAAGUGACUAGUGCAGGAUAGGAGUGUGUCUGCGGGUUAGGGAGUUGGGGUGGGGGCGUCAGGGCAUUCAGACGGGGUGUUAAGCCUGGGAGAAGAAGCUGUACCAGCCUCUACUAUUUCCUCAGUUGGUUUAUUCCAUAAAUCCACCACCCUCUGUGUGCUGUACAAACUUGACCCCUGGUCUCCUUUAAAUUAUUUCUCUGCCUCCUUAAAUCCACACCCUCUAGGUUUAGACUUCUCAGUCCUGGGGAGAAGAGACUAACCAUCCACCUUAUCUGAACUUCUCAGCCUCCUCUGACACAGGGAAAGCUAUCCCAACCUAUCCCAUCUCUUUAUAAUUGAGGCUCCAAUCCCAGAAAAAUCCUUUGUGUCCUCUUAAGCUUAUUCACAUCCUUCCUAUAAUAUUGCAGCCAAAGCUAUAAAUAAUGUGGCAAACAACAGGAAUUCUGCAGAUGCUGGAAAUUCAAGCAACACACAUAAAAGUUGCUGGUAAACGCAGCAGGCCAGGCAGCAUCUCUAGGAACGUCGACUGCACCGCUUCCUAGGGGUGCUGCCUGGCCUGCUGCGUUUACCAGCAACUUUUAAAUAAUGUGGCAAAUGUGAGCGCAAAAAUGUGCAGCUCCACAGCAUGACAGCCUAACUUGUACUCAAAGCCAUGACUGAUAAAGGCAACUGGCACCAUUUUCAGGGAGUACGUUCUUGUGUCCUGAGUGUUUGUUUUACAAUGUUCCCCUGCCAUUCAUUUUUGUGUUUCUGUGUUUUAACUUGCUAAAAUGCAUCACUCUGUACUUCGAGUCAUGGAGCACGUUGGUGCAAACAGGCCCUUCGGCCCAUCUAGACAAUGCUGAACAGUUAUUGUGCCUAGUCCAAUCGACCUGUACCUGGACCAUUGCCCUUUGUAACCCUUCCAUCCAUCUACUUCUCCAAAUUUCUCUUGAAUGUUGCAAUUGAAGUCACUUGCACCACCGUGUGAGUGAAGAAGCUCUCCCUCACCUUUUGACCUGAACCUACAACCUCUAGUUCUAGUCUCACAACCUCAGUAGAAAAAGCCUGCUUGCAUUUAACCCAUCUGUACCCAUCAUAAUUUGCUAUAGCUCUAUCAAAUCUCCUCUCACUCUCCUAUGGAAUGAACUCUUAACCUUUUCCACCUUUCCCUAUAACUCAGGCCCUCAAGACCCAGUAACAUCCUGGUAAAUUUUCUCUGCACUCUUUCAAUCUUUCCUGGAGGCAGAUGACCAGAACUGCACACAAUACUUACUUGCCUGAGUUAAAUUCCAUCUGCCAUUUCUUGGUCCACUUUCCCAGUUGAUCUAGAUCAGGCGUUCCCAACCGUUUUUUAUGCCUUGGACCCCUACCAUUAAUGAGAGGUCCAUGGACCCCAGGUUCUAGAUCCUGAUGUAACCUUAUGCAGCCUUACUGUUCACUAUGCUACCUGUGUUGCCAAUCAUGCCACUUAAUUUGUCAUCCAGAUCAUUAAUGCAGAUGAACAACAGUCGACCCAGCACUGAUCUCUGUAUCACACCACUGGUCAGAGUCCUCUAAUUUGAACAACAGCCCUCCACUACCACCCUCUUCGUUCUUCCUCCUCCCUCCAAGCCAAUUUUAUAUUUUGAUCUUGUGUAUAUACUGUCAGUAAUAUAUUAAUUAAAGUAUUUCCACUGAAUUUUAAAGUGUCUAUGCGCUUGAUCUUUUUAAAAAAUAAAUUAAUAGUGCCUUGUUCAGUGUUCAAUAAACAUGUGGAAUUUCCCUUGUGGGAGUUCACAAUUCUUUGGCA